AUGACUCACAGGGCGGCCAGCCGAGGUCGCCAGUCCUUAUCUGUGAGAGUUCAGGGGUUGAGCCCCGUCAAGCCCCCGCCUCUGUGCGACCCCCGAAAGAGGAAGCUGUCCCGAUUAAGCUUUGUCUGCAACGGCUUGUUUGAGCGUAAAGACAAUGCUGUCUGCUGUGAGGACGGCAGCAUAGACAACACAUCUUUGCACGCCAACUUUGGACAAGGUGACAUUCUCCCAUCCGCACACCUCGAGGCCUUGUGCACCUCCCUUCCAACACCCUGCCAGCCAGUGACUCAUGCAGGGCGACCACAGCGUAGCAGUCUUGGCCGUCGCUCAGCGGACGGACAGGCUGACGAUGAUGAGGAGGCCCUCAACUCCAUCAUGAAGGACCUUGCGGCCUUGGGUAGCUGCUACACUCAGCACAACAGCCACAAACCCAAGAGCAGAACCUUGCUGUACAAACAGGAUUUAAGAGUCAAGUUGGAGCAUGAGAGAGAAAAACGGAUCAUUCCAUUUCAGAGGCCACUUAAGAUCAAGGAGCUGCUCCAGAAGGUCACAGAGGCCUUUGGCCAGCAGAUGGACAUGUUCUUCAUGGAGAAAGAGAUGCUGCUGCCCCUCAAAAGCCAGGAGGACUUGGACCAAGCUGUAUUUUCUCUCAGCGCCAGCACGGUGACCAACGGUCUGCUCAGGAUACUGCUGAAGACCCCUAAGAACAACCAUUACCUACAAGUGAACAGCAGGGACAAGCAAAGCGAGAUGAGGUCGUCACGGUCGCUCGGGGAUCUGAAAGGCUCGCUGCUGAAGGGUUCGGAGAGAGUGCGCAAACAUUCCACAGGGUCCCUACACACAGGCCGUACAUCGCCUCCCCCAGGAAGCGUCCCUGAGGAGCAGCAGCAGAUUGCUCGCCAGGGCUCCUAUACCAGCAUUCACAGUGAAGGGGAGUUCAUCCCUGAGAUGCAAGACCCGAAUUUGUUGGAUCCCUUCGGGAGUGCGGGCAAUUCACUGUCGAGCAGCUGUCAAUCCAUCGACCAAGCGCUUGACAGCCCGCCUUUCUCGCAGAACAACCGUGACAAUAAUUACCUGAACCUCAGCUACGAAUACAAAGGUCGCCAUGGGAAAGGUGGUACUUUUCCUCGCCAGUUCCAGUUGCCCAAUCGGAGCAAAGACUAUGGUGAUCGUCGCAGGACACUUCCGCGCAGCUUCAUGCCGCAGGAAAACCUGUUCCAGCUGGUUCCCUCUAGCCGUACGCGCAGCUAUAAUGGCGACAGUGGAGUCGGCCUCCAGUACGGCGAGCUGAGAACGUUGGGACGCAACGCGGACAAAAGCUGCCAGCGCGGCACGGCCAAGUCCCCGCGGGCGCCGGUCAACUGGCGACAGGGGAAGCUGUUGGGGCGGGGCGCGUUCGGUGAGGUUUACCUCUGCUACGACGCUGACACGGGCCGCGAACUGGCCGCCAAGCAGGUGCCCUUUGACCCUGACUGUCAGGACACCAGCAAGGAGGUGAACGCUCUGGAAUGCGAGAUCCAGCUGCUGAAAAACCUGCGUCACGAGAGGAUCGUGCAGUACUACGGUUGCCUGCGGGACAUGGAGCAGAGGAAGCUGACCAUCUUUGUGGAGUUCAUGCCCGGGGGUUCAAUAAAAGACCAACUGAAAGCCUACGGGGCUUUGACGGAGAAGGUGACGAGGAGGUACAGUCGGCAGAUCCUGCAAGGCGUCUCCUACCUGCACAGCAACAUGAUCGUCCAUAGGGACAUCAAAGGUGCCAACAUCCUGAGGGACUCCUCCGGUAACGUGAAGCUGGGAGACUUUGGGGCUAGCAAACGCAUCCAGACCAUCUGCAUGUCCGGCACAGGCAUCAAGUCAGUCACGGGCACUCCAUACUGGAUGAGCCCUGAAGUCAUCAACGGCGAGGGUUACGGACGCAAGGCAGACGUCUGGAGCGUAGCGUGCACUGUGGUCGAGAUGCUCACCCAGAAGCCACCGUGGGCCGAGUACGAAGCCAUGGCGGCCAUCUUCAAGAUCGCCACGCAGCCCACAAAACCGGCGCUGCCGGAUGGCGUGUCCGAUGCCUGCCGGGACUUCCUGCGCCAGGUCUUCGUGGAAGAGAAGUGGCGGCCCACCGCCGACGUCCUUCUCGGACACCCGUUCGUCCAGAGCGGCUUCGGCCCCAAAUGA